AUGGCUGCUACCCACCUAUCGACAUACUCCGACUGCGUCUCCUCACUACGCACAUCUCUCAAAUUCCUCGAAUCAUCCGUUGAAACACUCGACAAUGGCGUCUCUGACUUCCCUCGUCUAGUCAACGUCCUAAAGACAGUCCGCCACUACGAACUUAUCCCCCAACCCACACUCACAGCAGCCGAAACAUCCCUCCGCGACGAAAUAGGUCCUUAUAUCGCUCUGCUACUCGCCCGCGCAGACUCCCAAAUCGAGCGCCAGGAACGCCGUAUCGAGACCCUCAAAGCCCGCGCGGAGCUGCAACAGGGCCGUCUACAGCGCCCAGAUGAGAACUACGACGAAUACGGUAGCAAGUCUAAGAAGCAGAAAACCGGCAGUCGUAGGCUCACAACAGAGGAGAAGCUCCGCGCGCGAGCGGUUCGUCAGCGCAAGGAAGCUCUGCGGUACGGUGUGGAACGAUUGGAGCUCGAGGUGCUACAGAAGGAGAGAGAGCUCAGGAAGAGGUUGGAAGGAUGA